CUGCAGCGCUUUGAAAAGCCGUGUAAUAAAUAUAUAUAUAAGUAUGUCUUCAUGUUUGACUUGAAGCUGGCAAUUGUAUUACAGGAUUUGAUAUGGGAUGGGAGGGAGUUCCAGAGUUUGGAGGCUACCCCUUACGGAAAUUAACCAUGGUUUUACUAUAACAAAAUAACCACGGUUUUACUAUGACAAAAUAACCGACAGACACCAUUCUGGGUCCCCAUGCUUGGCCCUCGUCCUAACUCCUUCUCCCCACCAACAGCUCCAUUGAUGCCUCUUGUGAGGAUCGAACUGAUGAUUUUCAGAUUAUGAGACUGAUGUGCUACCUACUGCGCAAAGGCUAUCGAGGCUCCAGCUGCAGAUGUCAGUACGGAGACCUCAAUGUUUGCUAAAAGAAAAAUUAUGCUAUUUAAUAUUUCUCAAUAACUCAUUUGCCUUUUAAUAACUCAUUGGCCAUUUUCUGUGAAGAAUAUACAAAAUAACAUAUUUUCAGUGACUGCACACAGUACACUCCCCCUAUGCAUAACUAUUACUAUGUGGUGUUCGUGUCUACUGGACCAGAGUGUAAUAAUAAGUGUUAUGUGUCUGUGCCUGUGUCUGAGUGUGGGUGUCUGUGUGCGGGAAUGUUUUCAUUCUGCACCCGUAGUACGGUGUACAUUUUAGGACAUCCUCAGCUGUCAGACAUCAAAUGAAAAGGCAUCAAGUCUCAAGAAAACUGCUGUCAAGUUUACGGAAUUACACUAUUAUGUCUCAGACAUCAGAUGAAAAGAAGUCAGGUCUCAGGAAAAGCGGAGUCACGAAUAGUUUCUAGAUGAAAAGUUAUCAGUCAGGUUUCAGACAUCAGAUGAAAAGGAGUCAGGUCACAGGAAAAGCGGAGUCAGACUAAAAGGUCUCAGAUAAAAAAAGUUAUCAGAGUCAGGUUUCAGACAUUAGAUAAAAAGGAGUCAGGUUUCAGCAAACCGCUGUCAGAAGAAGCGGAGACGAAAAGUUUUCAGAUGAAAAGUUAUCAGUCAGGUUUCAGGAAAACGACUAUUUCUGUUAACUGGUACAACAAGCAAACUUAUUUGUAAUAUAAUAGGCUAUGAAAUAGUUGUUUUCUGAAAGCUGGUUCAUCUCUGUUCAGUGGCAGUGGUCAAACAUCUAUGAUGAUGGGCCUUUUCCUAGGCCUCUCCAGCAGCAUCCCAGGAACAAAUCCGAUAGAGUUGCUAAUGAAACACAAACACUCAGAAACCCAGAGGCAUCUCCAGCCUCCGCCAUGAAGGACCCGGGUCUCAGUUCCAAAGAGUGGGACCGGAUACAGAGGGUGCUUCACUGGGGUGGACCGGAUCGACAGGUCUCAGCUGUAGAAAAGAGCACCAGUCCUGAACACUCCACCUUUGUUAUUAACAACUUCAAUGGCACUUACUACGUGGGAAAUGAACUCCUUGCCACCAUUGUUGCAAAGGACUUUACUGGUGUGCCGAAACACUAUGGAGGGGAUUUCUUCCAGGCAAAGGUUUUUUCAAAUGAAUUAAAGGCCAAUGUGUUUGGAGAGGUAAUGGACCAUCAGAAUGGCACCUACACAGCCAGGUUCAUCCUGCCCUGGGAGGGCACGAUGUCGGUGGCGGUCCGUCUGAUACACUCCAGUGAGGCCGUACUAGUUCUCAAGAAGCACCGGAACACGGAUUCCGACCGUGUCUACUUCCACGGCUACUUCGUGGGCAAAACCACCCAGGGUACUCAUGUGGUGCAAAGGGUGGAGUGCAACAUCAAAUGGGACGGGGUGGUGCUGUCGACCCAGAGGAACUGCUGCUGUGAGUACCAUGAUAUCCGCACAGGGCUGACGUGGCAGUGCCACAAACCCAGCAUUUUGCCCUGUGAUGCCCUGCUGGACCACUCUAUAGGUGGCACCAGGGAUCGCUCGACUGCCUUUGAAAACCUACUCCUGAAUAGUAAAUAUAUGAACCGAUGGAUUAAGGGUGACGAGCACCUGAUUAGAGUCCUUGCCUCUAAGGCAACUAUCGGGGUGAGAGAGUCAUGUAGACCUGGACUGCCCACGCCAAUACCAGCAGGAUUCUAUCUGAACGACGUCUGGACGUCAUUUGUGUGUGCCGCGCAUCAUUUUACAGAAAGUGCCACAGCCCAGUGUCUGAAGGACAAGAGCAUCUACAUUAUGGGCGACUCCACAGUCAGGCAGUGGUUUGAGUUCCUCGUCAAGACCAUACCUACUCUAAAGCGCAUGAACCUCCACUCCGUAUAUCUAGUGGGUCCCCUGAUGGCUGUGGACGUACAGAACAACAUCAACCUGCACUACCGCUCACACGGCCUGCCCCGGCGCUGCGGCAGGACCCCGAUGGCGUCGUUUCACUACAUGAGUAACGAGAUCGAUGACAUGGUCGGUGGGCCGAACACGGUCAUCGUCUUCAGCAUGGGGCCACACUUCAUCAACUUCCCACUCACAUACUACGCCUAUCGCGUGUCUCUGGUUCGCCGCGCAGUGGUGGCACUGCUGAAACGUGCGCCGCAGACCAAGGUCAUCAUCAAGACAGCCAACACGGGGUACAAGAAUAUCUAUGACAGUCACUGGUAUGGUAUGCAGCUGGACCAAAUCCUUCGAGAAGCAUUCCAUGACGUGGGAGUUUACAUCCUGGAUGUGUGGCAGAUGACCUCCUGUCACUACGAUAAAGGACAAGAGGACAUCCAUCAUGCUCCAGUGGUCAUCAAAAACGAAAUUGAUAUUCUUCUCUCCUUUAUGUGCCCCCAGUAAAGAGGCAAACCCUCCUGCUUCCUCGUCCAACACUUUCUCUCAGUUUGUCCUUGUGUAAGCACCUGCAAAAUUUACGUUUUUCAGUAUGCUUAGUAAUCUUGUACUACCCUUUUGUUACUGUAUGAAUUUACUCCAUGUACCAGAAUGCUUUGUAAUUUACUUGCUUCUGUGAUUUACAACAUUCUAUACAUGUGCACCAAUCAAAUGUCUUUGUUUGUUUUGCUUUUAUUUGAACUGUUUAAGCAGCCAAUGAUUAUUUGUUAUUUGUUUAUGCCCGCGAAAUCGCGGGGAAUGUGAAGGUUCCAUCUCCUCAGAGAGGAGAAGGCUCGUUAGUCACGGUCCGGGUCUGCACUGGAGAGAGAGAGGAUACUUUGCUGCCUGUAGUUUGUGGAGACCAUUGGACAAGUUCAUAGGCCCACUUACUCCGUAACAUCAGCGCAUUGUACUUGCUUACCCCUUCUCUUUUAAGUUAUCGGUCUGCUAUUAUUUGUCUAGCUAGCUAUUUGUUCAGUGCUAUUCAUAUAUCUAUGAGUGCUAUUGUAGCUGAAGCUAUCCUGACCUGGGUAGCUGACCUGCUAUCAUAGCUAGCUCCUGUUGCAUUCUCCUUCAGAGACGGACUCGAUUUGUGCUUCGGUGCUGGGCCCACCGGAGCCAGACCUCCUAAGGACGACUGCGUUUUGCCUCCGGUGCUGAGCCCACCGGAGUGCCAACCGCCAACUACCCGCUGCUGCUGUUGAGGUGUGCACUGCAGGCUGACUGCAGAAAUAUCCUCCACCGGAGUCGCAUCCUCGGCUAGCUGGGACAUAGCUGCCUCCGAUUCCUCUGUGUCAGGACUGAGCGGAAUCUCCCGGUUCUGAGUGAUCGGUCAUGAGUAACGUCAACUGCACUUACACUGACACACACACAC